CUUGCUGGUUGAACUGUGUAGUAGAGAGCAGUACAGCAGAACAGAGCCAAGGCAAGUGCAUCCAUUCAACACAGCAAGCAAACAGACCGGACUUAGUCAUCGGGUCAGUUAAUGACGGUAUUGAAAGGGUAGGGCAAGGUUCUACAAACGUAUCAAGAUUGGGAGAUGGACAAUGCAACACGCUCUAAAAAUUAAUUUUAUAAAAGCUAUACGUCCUUUAAACAACACAUCAAUGGUGCAGAGCGCUGCGGAAGGUAGCUAACGCUAGCUAUCUUUUUAGCCUAAGUUUCCUGGAUAGACCAGCCCCCGGAGAACAUUUCGACAUUUAGCUAGCAACUUAUCAUGCUAGCAAGAAAACAUCAAGUAUACAUUUCUUAAUGAAACCGGGUCACAAGCUUCCAGAAAACUGGUGUGUUUGCGCAUUACUGCCGUGGAGCUCAGACUGCAACCAUUUCAAACCGACCAACAUAGGGUAGUUGAAGUUGAAGGCUGCCUGUUGGUUGAGGAGUUUUGGCCCACCCUGCUGACUAAACGUCCCUCCGAUGAACCCCAUCAACUCUAUGAAACCUGGCCUGCCUCCUAAUCCACACAGUGACGGCUCCUACCCUUAUGACCCCACCUCCUGGCAGCAAGGCUCCAAUCAGCCGGCAGGCUCCUUGUCUGUGGUGACCACUGUGUGGGGGGUGACCAAUCCUUCGCCCAGCCAGGGCCUGGGCGGGAACCCAAUGGGACCCGGUGGGAACUCGGGCGGGGGCCACAUGAUGCCCGGCAACAGCCCCGGGAUGGGCCAGCAGUUCAUGGGUCAACAGGGCUACCCGGAACCCAACAAGGGAUACAUGCAGCAGAAUAUGUACGGGAGGGGCAACGGGGGAUAUCCGGCUGGGCCCGGCUACGGGGCCAGUUACCCCAAUAAUGGAGGGGGGUCUAUGGGCAUGCCUCCUCAUGGUGUGCGCCCUCAAACCGACUUCACCCAGGCUGCGGCGGCAGCAGCAGUGGCGGCAGCGGCUGCCACUGCAACAGCCACCGCUACGGCUACAGUUGCCGCCAUACAAGAGAAACAGAAUCAAGAGAUGAACUAUGGCCAGAUGGGAGGCGCACCGGGCUACAACAGCCAGUUUAUGCAACACCCGGGUCCGAGAGGUCCCCCUGGCAUGUCUCCGGCCGGGAUGGGACCCACUCGUCCACCAUCCAUGGGACAAAUGUACGGGGCCCCUCAGGGACAGAGGCUUCCCCAGCACCCAGGCUACCCCGGGGCUCAGCAGGGCCACCCUCGACCGCAGCAGGGACUCAAACGGCCAUACAGCGAGGGUUUUCAGUAUGGUCCAGGCAUGGCUGGCCCUGGGCAGCCCAUGCAGUACCAUGGGGGCCCGGGGCCCCAGCGCUCUGCCACCUCCCCUUCUUACCAAGGCCACAAGAUGCCCAUGCAACAAGGCAACAUGAGCCAGUACCCCUUAGGGCCGGUGAACCCGGGACAGUACUACAAGCCGGAACCCUUCAACGGUCAAGGCAACCCUCUGAACGCGAUAGCGGGUGGAGGUGCUGGCGGAACUUACAACACCUUCAACCAGGUUGCAGGCAGCGGGCCGGGCAGGGCAAUGCCUGGCUACCCGAGCUCUCCCCUUCCUGGAAACCCCACCCCUCCCAUAACUCCAGGCUCAGCAGUGCCGCCCUACAUGUCCCCAGGCCACGACGUCAAGCCCUCCUUCCUGCCUGACGUCAAGCCAAACAUGAGCUCCCUUCCACCACCCCCCCCUACAGGUAACCCCAGUGACGACCUGCGACUGACAUUCCCUGUGCGAGAUGGCGUGGUGCUGGAGCCCUUCCGCCUGGAGCACAAUCUGGCCGUCAGCAACCACGUCUUCCAGCUCCGCGACUCAGUCUACAAGACCCUCAUGAUAAGGCCGGACCUGGAGCUCCAGUUUAAGUGCUACCACCACGAGGACCGUCAGAUGAACACCAACUGGCCGGCGUCAGUGCAGGUGAGCGUCAAUGCAACGCCCCUCACCAUCCAGCGCGGCGACAACAAGACGUCCCACAAACCCCUAUACCUGAAACAAGUGUGUCAGCCCGGGAGGAACACCAUCCAGAUCACAGUCACGGCCUGCUGCUGCUCUCACCUGUUUGUGCUGCAGCUGGUCCACAGGCCGUCGGUGCGCUCAGUGCUGCAGGGCUUGAUGAAGAAGAGGCUUCUACCAGCGGAGCACUGCGUCACCAAGAUCAAGAGGAACUUCAGCAGCGGCACCAUCCCAGGGACGCCGGGGCUGAACGGGGAGGACGGCGUGGAGCAGACAGCCAUCCGGGUUUCCUUGAAGUGCCCCAUCACCUUCCGGCGCAUCCAGCUGCCAGCACGGGGCCAUGACUGCAGACACAUACAGUGCUUCGACCUGGAGUCCUACCUGCAGCUGAACUGUGAGCGAGGAACCUGGCGCUGUCCUGUGUGCAAUAAGACGGCUCUGCUGGAGGGCCUUGAAGUGGACCAGUACAUGCUGGGGAUUCUCGUCUACAUUCACAACAGCUCAGAGUACGAAGAGAUUUCUAUCGACCCGGUGUGCAGCUGGAAGCCCGUUCCCAUCAAACCCGACCUUCACAUCAAAGAAGAGCCAGACGGGCCGGCGCUGAAGCGGUGUCGCACGCUGAGCCCCAGUCACAUGAUCCUGCCUAGUGUCAUGGAGAUGAUCGCCUCCCUGGGGCCAGCCUCGUCACCAUACCACUCCAUGCCAGCAGGGGGAAACGGCAAUACUCCAGACUACCCCAGCCAAGGAUCUGGAUACCCUAACCAGCCUGGCUUUUCAGACUUCCCAAAUGGCCCCGGCACCCCUAAUGUUGGGGAAUUCUCCUCAGGACCACCCCCCCUCUCCUACCAGGCAGACCUGCCAAGUGGACUCCUUACUCCAGACAAACCCAUGGGACACCCUAUGUCAUCCCAGAUUCCCCAUUCUGGUCGUAUGGAAUCCUCCCACAACUCUCUCCAGCAGCAACAGCACCAUCCAGGCCUCCACGGCAACACGCACCUCGGAGGACCAGGGGCGCCGAUGAUGCAGCCUCGCAAUCCUUCCCAAAAUCCCAGACUACACACAGAAAACUCCUUUGGGUUAGGGGGUCCCGCCGGCUCAGAAGUACCAGAGCCUUCCUUGGAUUUACUUCCUGAAUUGACAAAUCCUGAUGAGCUGCUGUCCUACCUUGGCCCCCCUGAUUUACCGAACAACAGCAAUGAUGACCUUCUCUCUCUCUUUGAGAACAACUGAGUCCCGGUGUUUCUCUCCUCUCCACAGUCCUCCUCACUGUUCCCUGCAACACAAACUACAAAACGAAGAUUCCCACUGACAAUAUGGGUAUAAAAAAAGACUUGAUGUAAUAUAAGAACUGCCCUUGAGACAAAAGUGGCACGUCAGUGGCGAUGAUGUCAAGAAGACUUUUGAAUAUGAGAAAAAUCCUUGUUUUAUGUCCUUUGUCUGACUAUGAACUAUGGUAACAUAUUUUAUUGUUUUAUAUCUGUAAACUAUUGUCGCAUCCAGUCCCUCGUUACUACCUUUCUUGCCCAAUGAUCUAAUUUUACUUCAAUGCCUUCCUCAUUAGAAUCACAUUCAUUGUAUGUCAUUUGGAAGGUUUUAUCAGUGUAUGUACAUUUUCUUAGAGUCAACACAGUUGUGAAGCAAACUUAUGUCCAACUGAAUUUGGUGAAUUUGAAAUGUCCAUUACAGUAUGGUUAAAUAAAAUGUUUAUUUAAUAAAUGGAAGAUGAAAAAACUGAGGAUUCCCUGUGUCAAAGAAAACAGGGAAAAUUUGGAUUUUCACCGCCUUUUACUGUGAUUUAUGAAUGCACAUUAUACAGUGUCAAAAGAGCAAAGUAAUUUCCACAUUUAGAGAAACAUUCCAAGCUAUAACCAUUUAGCACACUGACACACAAACAUUUACUCAGUCUUUUUUCUAUUCUAAAUUAACUGAUUUCUAUUCAAAUGGUUGACAUUAUAUUCUUUACAAUGGUCAACAACCUGAAAGGCAAAUGGAAUAAAUGGCAAUCUUUA